UUGUGUAUGUGUGUGUACGGUGUUCAAAGUUUGUUGUUGUGCAAUCAUCAUCAAAUGUAUCAUUUUCAUCAAUUCUGAUUAGCGAAAAUUUUCACUCAUCAAUUGAAUCAAAUAUUGGAAAAAAAAUCUCUGCAACAAAACUACUGUAAAAGUCAAAAAUGUAUUAUUUUCAAUUAAAUAUUCUACAUUUUGCUAUUCUAAUGUUGUUAAGUGAAAUUGUUUCGGCUGGUGGAUCGGGACCUGUUUUGAUCAAAAUGGCUGGUGAUAAAAAGGGUAAAAAAAAAGGCGGCGGUAAUUUAAUAUUAAUUUCCGGUGGAAAAUGUAGUGGUCCAACAUUGAUCAAAGGAGGUGGUGGCGAUAAAAAAGGCGGUGGUGAACAAAUGAUUUUAGUAGGUGGACAAGGCCAUUGUGAAGAGAAAAAACAGGUUCAUGUUGUCAAACAAUUAGUACCGGUACCAUAUUAUGUACCAAAACCGGUAUAUAAAUAUAUUCUUCGUCAUCAUUAUGUACCGGUAAAACAAUAUAUUAUGAAACCAGUUCCGGUUCCAUAUCCGAUGAAAAGUUAUAGUAAAUCAUCAUAUGGUGGUGGUAGUCAUGAUUCUGGUUAUAGUGGUGGCGGUAGUAGCUAUGGUAGUGAUAGUUCAUCAAGUUAUGGAUCAUCAUCAGGUUAUGAUUCCGAUUCAUCAUCAAAAUAUGGUGGUGGUUAUAAUGGUGGUAAUAAUGGUGGCUCAUCCGAUGGAUAUGGUAUGAAUUAUGAUGAUCCAAAUGGUGCAGGUAGUGAACCAAAUGGUCAAAAUUCAAUGGCUGCCGGUUAUAAAAGACAAUCAUAUGAUUCAACACCAUAUCCAAUUUCACCACAACAAUCAAUGAUGAUGGAUGAUCAAGGACAAGGUGUUGUUGAUAAUGGUGGUGGACCAAAUGAUUAUCAGAAUGGUUUAUCACAACGAUCACCAAUGGGUUCAUAUAAAGCGGCAGCAACAAAUAGUUAUUAUUUUGAAUCACCAACAUCAUCAUAUGGUCAAUCAUAUUCAUCAUUUUCGCCAUCGAAUCAUCCAUCAAGUAGUAUGAAUUAUCCAUUAUAUGCACCGGUUUAUAGUGGACCAAAUGGACAAUAUUAUACGACAAAUCAAGUGUUUAAUGAUACUAAUGGUGUUGGUGCAUCAACAUCGAAUCUAAUAUCACCAUCAGCUUCAUCAUCAUCAUAUGGAACAAUUUCUGUACAACCAACGGCCAUUGAAUCGGAUUCAAACACUAGUCAUUUAACCGGUGUAUCAUCAUCAUCAUCAUCAUCAAGUCAUACAACAAGUUCAUUACAAUCAUCACCACAUGAUUUUCAACGAUUACAACAACAUUCAUCAUCAUCAUUGGAUCGAUCAUCGCCAUCAUCAUUAGUAUCAACAUUUUCAAGUAAAAAAAUUAGAUCUAAAACAGCCAAAAUGGAUUUAGAACGUACGAAAAAAUUACUAACCGAUCCAUUUUCAUCAUUAGGUUAAAUGAAUAAUGGUGUUGAUAAUAGAAAAUAAUCGUCAACUCUCAUUCUCUAUCGAAAACAUUCUCACACACACCACAAACAUAUAUUCCAAUCAAUUCAU